CCGGCAUCCCGACAGAACAUUCACACGGACUCGCACGAAAUCUGUGGAGCUUUAACACGAACUCACGGAGACUUUCAGAUCAGAAACGCUGUGCAGUCAGUGUGAAGCCGUGAUUGAGGCUGCUGUGGGGUGUGCAGUUUCUCACAUUCUGUAUAAAACACACACACACACACAGACACACACAGAUCUAGAGUGUGUGUUGAGCAGACAGCCAAGGGAUUCACUCGCUCCCUGGAGUACCACACACACUGAAGAUGGAUCUCUUAAGGACCUGCAUGCACUGGAUAUGUGUACUCGUGAUUGGACUUCUGGGACUUGUGGAUGAGAACUUAGCCAAUGUUUUAGACAGCAUGCUGCUGAGGAAUUCUGGGAAGGUGGCUGAAGGUCGGGAGACUGGAAGUGAUGCGCCGGCUCUACCUCAGCGCUUCCUAUGGUGUUAUUGCUACCAUCACUGCCCGGAGGACUCCACCAAUAACACAUGCAGGACGGAUGGUUACUGCUUCACCAUGGUGGAGGAAGAGGGUGGACUCGCGUCGGUGACGUCUGGGUGUCUGGGUCUGGUCGGAUCUGAGUUUCAGUGCCGAGACACAGGUAACUCUAAGCAGAGGCGAGCACUUGAGUGUUGUACAGACCAGGACUACUGUAACAGAGACCUGCACCCCACACUGCCUCCUCUACUAACACCCAGCUAUGUGGAUGGAGACAUUCAUCAUAUCGCUCUGCUCGUCUCCGUGACGGUCUGUAGCUUCAUCCUCACCUUUAUCAUCAUCUUCUGUUAUUUCAGGUACAAGCGUCAGGAGUUACUGCCACGCUACAGUCUGGGUCUACAGCAGGACGAAACAUUCAUUCCUCCAGGAGAAUCGCUGAGGGAUCUCAUAGAACAGUCUCAGAGCUCCGGCUCAGGAUCAGGACUCCCCCUGCUGGUGCAGCGGACAAUAGCGAAGCAGAUCCAGAUGGUGACUCAGAUCGGGAAGGGUCGGUAUGGAGAGGUGUGGAUGAGCAGGUGGAGAGGAGAGAAAGUGGCUGUGAAGGUAUUUUUUACCACUGAAGAGGCCAGCUGGUUCAGAGAGACGGAGAUCUACCAGACUGUGCUCAUGAGACAUGAGAAUAUAUUGGGGUUCAUUGCUGCAGAUAUUAAGGGAACGGGCUCAUGGACUCAACUCUACCUCAUCACUGAUUAUCAUGAGAACGGCUCUCUGUACGACUAUCUGAAAUCCACCUCCCUGGACAGCAUAGCCAUGCUGAAACUGGCGUACUCCUCUGUGUCUGGACUCUGCCACCUGCACACCGAGAUCUUUGGCAUGCAGGGUAAACCGGCCAUCGCACACAGAGAUCUGAAGAGCAAAAACAUCCUGGUGAAGAGGAACGGAGCCUGCUGCAUCGCUGACCUCGGCCUCGCCGUCAAAUUCAUCAGUGACACCAAUGAAGUGGACAUCCCUCUGAACACACGGGUGGGCACCAAACGCUUCAUGGCUCCUGAAGUUUUGGAUGAGACUCUAAACAGAAAUCAUUUUCAGUCCUAUAUCAUGGCAGACAUGUACAGCUUUGGCCUUAUACUGUGGGAGAUCGCCAGGAGAUGCGUGUCUGGAGGUAUUUUAGAGGAAUAUCAGUUACCAUAUCAUGAUCAUGUGCCUAAUGAUCCAUCAUACGAGGACAUGAGAGAGGUUGUGUGCAUCAAGAGAAUACGGCCAUCUUUCCCCAACCGCUGGAGCAGUGAUGAGUGUCUCCGACAGAUGGGAAAGCUCAUGACAGAAUGUUGGGCACAUAACCCCGCCUCCCGGCUUACCGCACUUCGCGUUAAAAAGACGCUGGCCAAAAUGUCGGAGUCCCAGGACAUUAAAGUCUGAAAAACAAACCAACAGCACUGACGCUAACCCAGAACUCAAAACCCACAAAGCUCUACUGUGGGUUUGAACAGCAGAGGUGGCGGGUUUUACCGUGGCAGAGCAUCCUGCAAACUGACUCGCCAGUGGCAAAGGACGACGCAAAGAUCUUCUGUGGUCAAAGCCCCUGGUGAUUUAAUGCAGGACAGUGCUCAGGCCAGAAAUAAAGCCUUGUUCUUGCUGUGAAAUCUGCUGACCCAAGUGCACAAAGCUCUUCUGUGUGGCGUAAACAUCAAUGAGAGCUCCCCCUACUGGUGACUAGUGGAAUGUCCUGAAACGGCUAUUAUAAUACAUUACUCUACGAGGACUGUUAGUACUGUGGGACAAAGCAAGAAAGGGUGUGUGCUUUAUGAAAUCUCAGUCUUUCUCAAUAGCGGGAAACUGACUGACCUACGUUUUUAUUUUAUUUUUUUGACAAUCUGUUCCGCUUGUACAACAUAAUGAUUUUUGUAUCGUGCCAGAUUUGUCACUAACCCUGUAGUCAGUCAAAACAAUGCAACAAAUUUGAUGAUUGAUGUUGAAAAUGUAUUUAAAGUCAUAGAAGCUGUGGUUUGCCUUGACGGCCUGUGCCUUAUUUAUUGUGUACAUAACUGAGAGCAU